AUGUUGUGCCUCGAUAUCUUAACUCUCGCCUUGCUUGCACCGGCAGUUGCAUCCUCUGCUCUGCACCCUUCUCGUCGCCAGUCGGGGCUUAGCGGGUUUAUUCAGUCGGAGUCGGCAGCUUCUCUCCAAGGUGUCCUCAACAACAUCGGGGCCAAUGGCACUGGAGCAUCCGGUGCCUCAUCUGGCAUUGUUGUGGCAUCGCCCUCCAAGUCCAACCCAGACUACUUCUAUACUUGGACACGAGAUGCGGCUUUGACCCUCAACAUGCUCGUUGACCGUUUUAUCGCGGGGGACAGCUCGCUGGAGUCUGUGAUCCAGCAAUACAUUACUGCACAGGCUAAACUCCAGGCCGUCUCCAACCCCUCUGGAAGCCUGUCCGAUGGCUCAGGCUUAGCAGAGCCCAAGUUCAAUGUUGAUGAGACUGCUUUUACUGGCGCAUGGGGUCGUCCCCAGCGAGAUGGACCUGCUCUGCGGGCAACGACUCUCAUUGCCUACGGUAACCAGUUGAUCGCCAAGGGAAAGCAGUCCGUUGUCAAGUCGAACAUCUGGCCAAUUGUAUCGAAUGAUCUCAACUACGUGGCCCAGUACUGGAACCAGACUGGAUUUGACCUCUGGGAGGAAGUUCAGGGAUCCUCCUUCUUCACCAUCGCCGCACAGCACCGCGCCCUGGUGGAGGGAAGCACUUUCGCCAAGGCUCUAGGGGAGACUUGUGAUGGUUGUGACUCUCAAGCACCCCAGGUUUUGUGCUUCCUCCAGGACUUCUGGAAUGGCACUGCAGUCAUCUCCAACGUGGCGAACAAUGGACGGUCAGGUCUUGAUGCAAACUCUUUGAUUAGUUCGAUCCACACCUUCGACCCUAUGGCUUCCUGUGAUGACACUACGUUCCAGCCGUGCUCCGCACGCGCUCUUUCCAACCAUAAGCUUGUGGUCGAUUCCUUCCGUUCAAUCUACACCAUCAACAGCGGCAAUAAGGCUGGAAGUGCUGCCGCAGUUGGGCGUUAUCCCGAGGACUCCUACCAAGGCGGCAACCCAUGGUAUCUGGCCACGCUCGCAGCUGCUGAGCAGCUCUAUGACGCUCUCUAUCAGUGGAAGACUCAGGGCUCUCUGUCAAUUACUCAGAUCAGUCUGCCAUUUUUCCAAGACCUCGUGUCUUCUGCUGCUGUCGGUAACUACUCAAGCACCUCCGACACAUACUCUUCUAUCACCAGUGCCGUCAAGGGAUACGCGGAUGGAUUUGUGUCUAUCGUUCAGAAAUAUACGCCCAGCAAUGGAUCCUUGGCUGAGCAGUUCACCCGUGACAAUGGCACGCCAACUUCAGCCGGCGAUCUCACCUGGUCUUACGCUGCUUUCCUAACUGCUGCAUCUCGCCGCGAUGGAUCUGUUCCUGCCAGCUGGGGUGCUUCUACUGCCAACAAAGUUCCAACUCAGUGCCAGGGAGGCUCGGCUACCGGCUCAUAUGCGACUCCAAGUGUGGGCUCGUGGUAA